CACACACGCCUCUCGCUUGUCAUAUAUUGCACUGCACUCUUGGUUAAGCCGUCGCCUCUUGGAUCAAGGCGUAUCAGGUCUAUUCUCUUGUUUAUUUGUUAAGGGCGUCUUUUUAGCCUUUGUCUUGCAGUGCGUUUUACUUUUACUCGGGCCCGUCUGUCGUGUCUUGUCUUUUUUUGCGAGUUGCCGCCAAUUCCCUGUCCUGUACUUCAAAAUUCUUUCUCUGCCCUGGCUUGUUUCUCUUACUCCAUCCGACACGCUCAUCUCAUCUCAUUCAUUCAUUCAUUCAUAUCCACGCACUUUGAGCCUCAUCCUCUUUCGAGGCUGCGUCUGUCUGAUUAUAAAUUUUCAGGCUCGGGCGUAUUCCCUGAUAUUUGGCAUUGCGCUCUUACUAAGUUACCCGUCCCCGUCCCCGUCCCGUGGAUUCACUCGCAUGACGCCUCUCGCGGGCCCGGCUGGCCACUACACGUCCUUGCUGUAAACUUGGAUCCCAGCCUCAUCCCAUCCAACCAUACAAAAUCUCUCUCGGGCCAGACUCAACUAACAAGCCUGUCCUGGCUGUACAAUGGACCGCUCGCGCCGGAUGCCUCAACGUCGCCGUCCGUUAGGAGCCUCUGCUUCUCCUACUUCUACUUCAGAGGCUUCCUUUGACCUGAAUCCACUCACAAGUCCUGUUGUUUCUCACACUAAUACCACAACGCCUCAAGGUGUAGGCGCUGGUUCCCGCCGCUCGGCAAAACCUCUCCAACACGCCUUCACUUUCUCUUCUCCUAGCAGUAGUCGCAAUUCUAAUGCGAAGAAGCGUUCUACUACUAUGGAUAACUAUCCAAUUCCUGAUGAGGGUGAGCAUGGCCCCAAAAAGGGCGGCCACAGUCUUCGUAAGCGUGCUCGCGUGGAUUACACGUUUGAGCACAUCGACGACGAUGUUGUCGUUCCCAAUUCAACCUCUUCAGCACGCGGCAAAAAGAGAAGGUCUGAGGUCAACUUUGACACAGAUGACUUUUACAGCAAUGACUCUAAGAGGCGAGGCGCCUCCAUGGGUGCUGACACCCCGUCCAAUCGCCGGAGGAAUCCGACUCGAAAAUCCAGUGACCUCAAGGCAUAUCAUCAAGCUGCCUUGCAAGAUGAUGAUAACGACGUCCAAGACACAAUUGAAGUCGGUGCCUAUUACUCAGAUGCCGAUGACUCUGAGCUGAGAGAUGCUGCUUCAAAUAACUCAUCCCCCCAGAAUAAGUUGCCAUCAAAGGACUCACCUAAAAAGUCCCCCCAUAAUGAGUCCACCAAGGAUACAUUUGCCGCUCCUCCUCAAGUCGGUGAGAAUCAACACCAGCUUGAAACAAAAGAAACAUUACCUAUUCCCCAGGUUGAGCAAAUCUCCUCAGACAAAGUUUCUUCUGCUGUGGAACCUACACGAACCUUUAUCGAGGAACCUGUAUCUCAACCUACAGAGCCGCAGGCCGAAAAACUUCCCAAAGUGGAACCCCAGCCGGAAACACUGAGUACAACGCAUAAGUCACCAGCCGCAGAAGAUGUUAAUGAAGUAAAGCCGCCAGCAGUGGCACUGGCAGUGGCAGAUGCACAAUCUGAACCAGCUGCCACGACAGUGCCAGAUUCUAAUCCAGUUGAAGUGGAACCAGAGGUAGAAACAGAGGCAGUGGCAGCGCCAGUGUCAGAGCCAGUGCCAGCACCGACAAUAGCACCUCUACCAGUUACAGCCGUGGAGAACAAUAAGAGUGAAUUUGUUCACUCACCUAUUGUUCCUGCAUCUGAACCAGUGCCUGUGCCUGUCAAUGGGGUUGCUGAAGUCCCCGCUGCCGAACCUCUUCCUCAAGAUUCUUCUGAACCUGCUCUCUCUCUCUCCAACACCAACAACACCGAUACCGAUACCAACAUCAAGCAAGAAUCAUCAAAUCAAAUCACCAACAUCUAUCAAUUUCCUACGUCAACUGACAAGCCAAUCGACCUUCAUCAAGACGACAAGCUGAACGCAAUGGACAAUAUGGAGAUCGAUCCUGUUCAAGAUGAGCAUCCUACUCAAGAUGUUGAAAUGACUGAUGCCGCGCCUCUUGAUACACAAGACCUUGUACAAGAGUCUGUGCAAGAACCUGUGCAAGAGCCUGUAAGCAAGCCUGCACAAGAGCCUAUGGAGCUCACACAAGAACCUGAACAACUUUCACAAAUGCCCGAGCAAGAGCGUGUAGAAGAGCCUACGGCAGCACCUCUGCCACCAGCUGCGUCGUCGCCUUCUGCACGAAGAGCUCGCUCUGCAUCACCACCAAAGUCAUCCUCAAAACCACCAUCACCAUCACCUGCUCGAGAGACUGAAGAGCUUCGACAGUCUGUUGAAAACGUCGCAUCUCCCCAAAAUGUCGCCUCCAAUGAUGUUCACACGCCUUUGGAGGUGAAUGGCGACUCGGCAAAAGAUGAGAAGGUGAACAAUGAGACCGUUGAAAACAAUAAAGACAAAGAGUCUGCACAAGUACCGACCGCUGCCGAUGAAUUUCCAAUCCCAGACUCACCUGAGCUUCCUCUCACUCAAGAGGAACCUACCACCAUUUCAAGCCCUACCGAAUUGAAAGCUCCUACUCCACCUCCUACUGAGACCAUUGAAACUCCCGCUUCUUCUGCUCCCUCGGACACGAAAGCAAGUCCCCAGAAGCCUGUGGCUCCUCGAAUUGCCCUGGAGUCAAUGCCACAGCCUACCCCCGUCGGCCGCUGGUCACAUCUUAGGCCUUAUGUCGAUGGAGAGUUUACACUCUAUCCUGAGAAGAAGGGUCGCUCUGAUGAAGAUGGUGCCAAUGACGACACAACACCUGAAGGAAAGGACACUGAUAUGGAGCCCAUGGUGGACGAUCAGUAUGAUAUUGUGGAUGGGGCGGGUCUCGAAGCACCUACACCAGCACUGAACACUCCUACUCGCGGCUCUCCAGUGGCCGACUCCACAGAUCCUACAGCCUUCAAUUCACCUGCUCCAGGUGGAGAUGAUGGUGAUGACGCCGACGUCUCUGAAUCUCAGGAAGUUCCAGGACGUACACGUUAUUACAAAUAUAGGAAGCUCAGAGACCCUGAGGAGUACAUCUCCGUCCUCGAGAAUUACGAGGACAUGCCAACUGAAGACCUGUACGAACUACUCGAGGCCGUCAAUGUCUCCAUGGUUCAGUGGCAGGACGAGUGGAAUGACCUUGGCACUGUUGUCGACGAUUACGAGAACUCACUCCGUCGACGAGCCGCCGAUGCCAAGUACGAAGCCCGUACUCGCAACCUCAACCAGCAUGGCCUCAACUACGAAGAACCCGAAUUUGCUGUCAAGGGCUACAAGUCUCGCGACAAGGAAGGUCUCAAUGAGACCCGUUAUCUUCAAGGACAAGAUCGUAUCAUGGCUGCUGCCUAUGGCUUUGAAUAUGAUCCUCAUCCUUCAAAGAUUGGCAAGCAAAACCCCGAGACCCAACAGGUCGGAAUCAUGACGCGUGGACGAUCUCUACGAAACCAACCCCGACAGACCGCAAAGGCCACUGAGACGGACGAGGUUGUCGGCAAACGUCAGCGCAAGCCUGUCCAGCUCUUUGAUCCCGCGACACAAGAUGUUAGUCGAAGCUCAACACCUGUGCCGCCCACUCGUGGUGGUCGUCGACGCAAGAACGCCAACCCUGAGGAUGAACCCCAGACCAACCUUUCGGUCAGCUUCAACACUGAGGCUGCCUCGGACAAUGAGGCUUCGGGUCCCAAGACUAGGCGUAAGCGUGUUCGCGGCAAGAAUGCUGUUGCUGCCGAAGAGCCUGCCCCUACACCAGACGCCGAGGAACCUGUGCAAGAAUCACCCGCAAAGACUACACGUCGUGGCCGUGCCAGACCUGCCGUCAAGUACGAAGAGGCUGACCCCAACGAGUUUGUCGACGACGAACCUCAAGAGGAAGAAGAAGUGCAGGAGAAGGAAGAGAAGGCGCCCGUCCGCCGUGCCAUUGUUACUCUCAAGCUUCCCAGAGCUUACUAUACGGAUGUCACACCUGAAAAUGAGAUCACCGAUAACGGCGACUCUCGCCCAACCACCGCCUCUUCUGAAGCAUCUAACCACACGGUUGAGUCAUCUUAUUCAUUCCGACCCAAGCGACAGAAGCGCUUCCGCGACGAUCCCAAUGAAGCUGAAGAGUUGGCUCAGGCGCCGCCCAAGAAGAAGGGUAAGCGAACCAGCGGAGGUGCCACCACCACCGAGAUUCCAUCUAGUGCUUCUACACCAGCUCCCUCCGUCGAUCCAGCACAAGUGCCAAACAGCCGCAAGAUUCAAAAGAUCAAAGUGGUUAGAUCUGCCCAGGAUGCCAAGAACGGAGGGACACCCGCACCUCAAGCACCUCCUCCUGCUGCUACUGUUCCUGCUACAGGACCUCCCUCCGCUCCCCCAUCUAUCGCAGGGGACGAUGGAGAUGAUACACCUAAAGACUACAAGUCCAUGACCAAGUCGGAGAAGAUGUCCGCAUCGAUGAAGAGUAAGUUUCCAAGCACGUUUUUCUUAGCUACUCACAAGCUAACACAAAUACAGAUCGUUGGGCCAACGGAAAUAUGGCUGGAGCCGUUGAGAAACGCAAGGCGACCCUGGCGGCUAAAAAGGCUGCUCAAGCGGCAGCCGAGCAAAGAACAGGUGUCGCCGCUCCCAACAAGCCUAAAGGCAAAGCCACCAUCAAGAGAGACUCCUCCUCUCUCAAGAUGCAGAUGCAGCCUGAUCAACCACAGAUGCCACCACAGCAACCACCAAUGCUGCAUCAGCCACCGUCCAUGCACCCUCACCAGCAUGAGCUUCCUCCUCACCAGUAUCACCCUCACCAGCAUCAACAUCAACACCCGCCACACCCGAUGCAUCUUCAGCAACAACCUCCGAUGCAUCCAGGUCACCCUCAACAUCUCCCUCCUCCCCCUCCACCACCUCCUCAUCAGGCUGGAAAUCCUCCUCCUCCUUUCAUGCAUGGCCACCCUCAGCACCAUAGCCACGGUCAUAGCCACGGAAUGCCUGGAAUGGGAUACCCCUACUAGAGGUAGAGGAUACGAGAGUACGAGACUGGUCUCUAGACUGGUCAUCAAAUGACAACAUUUCCACACACACACAAAGUCAAAAUACGAAUCGAAAAAAAGCAAUAACGUCUAGAGCUUCAGCCCAGUAGCUCAAUGUAACUCUCACGACCCACCACGAGACAUGCAGUCCUCAUAUGGUAUAUACAUACAUGCAACCACUCUGUAUACUACGGAACAAACAAGAGAGGUUUUUUUGGAUGCAGGUUCCGCGGAAUGCACGUUUUUUCUCUUGUACACUAGAUGCGAAGAACCAUCGUUCGUUUCUUGUCUUGUUUUUAGUUUUGUUUUUAUUCUUUCUUCAUGUUCAUUCAUACAUGGAUAUAUGCAUGCGAUGGAGGGGCAGGGGAGGAGGUCUUUGCAUAAUCGUUUCGGCAUGCAUCAAAUGGGCGACUUGCCCAAGUUGGGAGGUUUUAUAGCGUGAGAAAAGGUGUGGCGAGCUUAUUAGCAAGCGCCUAAAAGACGAAUUUUAAUGUCAAGUUAUAUACAAAAA